AAAUAAUAGGAUAAACAUAUGAUCAAAGUGAUUUAUAUAUUUACGUCUUAUGACAUUGCUCAUCGACCUUAUAAAAUAUUUACAACGAGUUGAUCUAAAUAUACCUCUACAUCAUUGACAUAAAUUUAAUAAACAUAAAAAAUUAAUAAUAAAAGAAAAAUUUAUUAUUUAUAUUGUUUAUUGUCCUUCAAAAAAUUUACAGAAUGUUUAAAUAAAUGUUUAAAUAAUUUUGCAACGAAAAAUAUUUGAUAAUUAGAAAGAUAAUAAACGAAUUUAAUUGUUGGAUGAUAUUAAUAAUCAAUUUGUAAUAAUAAUAAUAAUAAUCAAGAUGUCAGAAUUGGAGUCAACAAAAGUGUCAAAUAAAUCAGAAUCGAUGUUUAUUAAUUUUAUAUCAAAAUUUGAGGAUGAAUUUAGCAGAAAAGAUUCAAGAGGUUUUCAAAUUUUAACAUAUGGAUUAACUGGUGUUGGAUUGAUGACAGCAUUGAUCAGAAUGAGACCUUUUGCUAAAUUUUCUGAUCCAAGAAAAGUGCCAAUGAGAUUUAUCAAAAAUCAAACAGUUCUUCAGGGUACAGUUGAACGAAUUGAACCUGGUAAAACUGCACUUUUGAUGGUUAAUCAUAAACCACUUGUUAAUAUUCCAAGAUUUGGUCAACCAAAAUAUUUACCAGUAAAAAUUGCUGGUGUUAAUGUCACAAAUAAUGGUAUAAGUUGGCUAUCGACUAUUGUUCAAGGUCAAAAAAUUGAAUUUAUCCCACUUGAAAAAACAAAUGAUUAUCUUAAUUGUAAAGUUAAUAUGUUGGAAGAAAAUAAGGUACAAUUGGAAAUUGGAAAGGAACUUGCUCGUUUAGGCUUUGGUAUUGUGACUGAUCUUCCAUCAAUCAAAAAUGAUAAUAUAAAAUCAUACAAAAAUGCAUUAAAAUCAGCACAAAAUUAUGCAAAAUUACAUCGAAAUGGUGAAUGGCAUUUUACUAUUUAUCCAUCAAUUUGGUGGAAGAUUAAAAAUUCAAUGAGUGAAAAAUUAAGUUUCAAAAAAUUAAUCAUCAGAAAUUGAGCUUCAAAAAAAAUCAACUUGAAGUCUUCAAAUUGUGCCUGAAAUUAUUUUCUAGAACUUAAAAUUAUAUAAAAUAUUGUUGAUAAUAAAAAAAAGAAAACGAAAAAAAAAAAAAAUGUUAAAUAAAUGAAAAAAAUAAUAAUUAAUUAA